CUCUCCCUCUUUAGAUAUGAAUGCAAGCAAACGACUUGGACGACUCCGUCAGUGGGCAGGUGAAGUCAUCUCGUCCAAAGACAAGAGCAACGUCACCGAUGAGACGCGCGAGCUCGAGGAUGAUAUCGAGCUGCGACGAAGUGGGAUUCAGCGUCUCCUCCUCGUCUCCGCCCAGUAUCAUCAUGUAUUAUCCAAGAAGAAGGAGUCAGAGGCCCUCGACGAUCCCGAUAAAUAUCUGCCCCGCGAUUCGAUGGGCAUUGUAAUGAUAGCACACGGAGAAGAAUUUGGCGAGGAUUCUGCGUUCGGAUCCUCCCUUGUAAAAUUCGGGCGCGCGCACUGUAAAAUAGCUACACUUCAAGAAGCAUAUGCACUUACACUACAAGACUCCUUCGUUAACGCUCUUGAUCAUUUCUUGGAUGAGAUCAAAGACUACGAGCAGGAGAGAAAGAAGCUCGAGACUCGUAGAUUGAACUACGAUGCUGUCCUGAACAAGAUGGAGAAGCUGAAAGGGAGUAAGAAGGAGAAAGAUAGGUUGGAUGCCGAGGACGAGCUGGCCAAGGCGAGAUCACGCUACGAAGAGACAGCGGAAGAUGUCCGAGCGCGCAUCUACGCCAUCCAGGAGAACGAGAUCGACCAACAACGCGAACUGACAAAUUUCUUAGACCUCGAACUGAACUUUGCUGAGCAGUAUGUAGAGGUGUUGCGCGACGUGAAGAUGAACUGGGUGGACGACUCCAGCGCCUCGAGACGCGACCAUCCGCGCCCCACAGGGCCUAUGCACAACUUCGCCCGCUCAGCCGAGCUUGAGGAGAGAGAGAAGGAUAAAGAAAAAGACAAGAAGACGAGCAAUCUCGGCUCUGUCCGCUCGCACAAGUCCGGCCGCAGCUCCGUCUCGACGGCGAGGCAUACCCCACCCCCACCCGACGACGAUUCUUCCGAGGAAGAGGUGGGCACCAAGCCCCGUUCGCGCAAGUCUUCUACUGCUGCACGUUCGCGGGCCGGCUCGGUCGUCUCACGACCGACGUCGCGCGCGAGUCGCAAGCGGUCGGAUAGCGUGACGACGACAGGGAGUACUGUGGAGAAGGAGAAGGAGGACAAGAAGCGAUUGAACGUGGCAGGAUGGACGGGUGGCUGGAGAAAGAAGAACGGGGAACGACUGAAAGACGACGACGACGACGACAGCGAGCCACAGGAGACAUCGCGUCACGGAUCGACAAGCUCUCUUUCUUUCAUGUCCGCCAAGUCAAAGCCGAAGUCUGCGAAGAGUACACCAAGCACCUCGCCCGUUGCGCCCCCACGAACCCUGCGUGGGCUUUCAGACGAGACGCGCAAGCGUGUGCGCGCGCUGUAUGAUUUCUCGGGGUCCUCGGAUGAGCUGACAUUCCAUGUGGGCGACGAGAUCGUCGUCGUCAACGAAGUGCUCGACGAGUGGUGGAUGGGCGAGCUCGGGGGCAAGAAGGGCCUGUUCCCGACGAGCUACACUGAGCCUGUCCUCAACCUGCGUGCCAGGGCCUCGCCGCCAAUCCCGCGCCGCGCGAACACUUUCAACGGGGCGCACCUCAGCACUGCGACCAGCUCCUCAGCCUCUACUUCAGACGACAGCGUCAGCCGACGCAUGGCCGACGCGGUGGAGCACCCGUUCGGCGAUCACAACGCCCCGCUGAGCGCGCGCACGCCAUCAUCGGUAUACGGACAUGGGUACGACACCGAGAGCCUCGCAAGCAGUGUGGAAGACGACGAGGAGCACGAGCAGGCAAAGCUGAUGCCAGAACAUAGCCACGAGGACGAGGAUGACCCGUGGACCACACAUGGCACCCGCACGGCGCCUGAGCUGCCUAGACGCCCGACGGAUACUACUCCGCGCAAGGCACCCCCACCUCCGCCCCCCCGCCGCGCAACCGUCACAUCGUCGACGCCACCCAUCGGGGCUGUCGCAGCCGGCAAGGCUUCGCCAUUCUUCAGCUCAGUUUCGUUACCUGACAGCCAGACGGGCAACUGCAACGAAUUCAAACAGAACCCAUUCAAGACGAAGGGAAUGUGUACCUGGGAAGUCGAACGUGUUUAUUUUUUGCCGGGUAGAUUAUAUACAUAUUCCUUGGAACGAGUCGUGAAACCCUCGCGGCUCGAGCGACCCUUGUUGAGUUGGGGUUUUGGUACUUAUUGAAGCGCAUAUACAUCGUAGACGUAGCGUAGUAGCCUUGGUAUCGCUGGACGACAUUUAAUGGUGCUUACUGAUUAGUUCACAUAUCUUUACUAUGCAGGUUGAUUGCUCUCCCAGAAUUGCUACAUAGCUAAGCUGUUCUAGUUGUGUCUAAACAUUGAGGCGUUCUUC